AUGGCCGACGCUUUGGAUUUAAUCAACAGAGAUCCGAACAACAUUAACAAUCAUUUACAGUGCCAGUUUGAAGAUGUGUUUGCCGAGCCCGAGGGUACCCACUCCAUUGACUGCGUCUGGAAGCUGUCAUACACUUGCUUCACUUGCUGGAAGGGCCUCUGCUACAAGAUUUACACGAUCUUGUGUGGCAUGUGUAUAGCCGCGGGAUGGGGCUGUCAGUUUGCGGAGCUGUCAUUCUACCACAUUUGGUUUUUCACUCCUUGUCUGAAGAUGUGCGACAUCAACUGCGGCUUCCUCAAGCUUUGCUACACCAAAUGCAUUGACUGCUGCAUUGAGCCGUGCUGUGUCGCAUGUGGAAUGCUCUUCCACCAAUUUAAAAAAUAA